GGCCCUGAACAGUUUCUGGGGCAGGUAAGAUGAUUUCUUUUGGACUUAAAUUUUUUGUAAACAUUUUUAAUUCUUUGUGAUUUAUGUUGAAUUUUUGUUUCAGAUGGGGCAUGAACGUCAACAAAGCGCAACUGACCUACGUACAUACGGUGCCAGACUUUAAUAAGAUAUUGGCGGAUCCUACUAAAAAAAUCAAGGAUGUCUUUCUUCCCAUGCCUGAGGUGGCUGCCAUUUGCUGGGAAUCUUCAAAGGAGUUUGUACCGCAGGAUGCUUCGACCAACAUUUUUCUAGCAACUUUUACGACAGCUUGGCCUCGUCUCAAGCUGUAUAGUGAAAUGGAGAAGCUGGGUCGAGAUGUUCUGUAUCACGACACACAUUCCAUCAUCUAUGCCUCGAAUAGUUGCAACGAUCCCCCCUUAGGAAACUUCUUAGGAGAAUUUACCGACGAACUGGAUGGAGAUGUUAUCAAAACCUUCGUGUCAGGUAAACACCUUUAAAAAGUUCCUUAUUUAAUAUGUACCAAAAAAGUGUUUAAUGUUUUUUCUAUUAUCUCUUUUUUUUCUCAUGAUGUUUUAUUUUUUCAGGAGGACCGAAAAACUACGCAUACCAGAUGGCCACUGGGAAAUCCUGCAGCAAAGUCCGAGGAUUUUCAUUGAACUUCCGGAAUUCCCAGUUGCUGAAUUUUGAAGCCAUUAAAAGUCUGGUCUGCAGCCUCGACCGAAGUGAGAUCAUCUCUCUCCACAACCCCUGCAAAAUCACCCGAGAAGCGUAGAGAAGAAAGGUGGUGAAUAAACCGGAAACAAAACUGUUCAGAAUUGUGUUGGAUAAAAGGGUGAUCCAACAGGACUUGACCACCUUACCAUUUGGGUUUUGACAAUAACUUUUGUAAAAAUGUAUGGUAUGUACAAAUAAUGUUUGUAUGUAAAAAGAUGUUAUGCACAGUAUUUGCGUGUAAAAAUUUAUUUAGAUAAAAAAUAAACAGAAGUUUGAAAAUUAUGGUGUUUUUCUUUUUUCAAAGAAUGGCAUGAAAGGUAAGUUUUUAUUAUUUUAAGAAAAUUGUUAUAUUUUUUCAAAAAUUAUUAUUAUAUGUUAGUUUAAUUAGAAAGAAAAACAUAACACAUCUCUAUCUCCCGGUACUGCC